AUGCCUACCUAUGAAUUGCGAUCCGGCGGCGAUGUCAAGAACAAGAAGCAGAGUGUCGCCGACCUCAAGUACCGUCGAUUGACUGAGCUCAAUGCCCGGCUGAAGGAGGAUCUGGACCGCCCUCGUGUGAAGGUGUCGGAAGCGGCUCUCUCGCUCAUCAGCUACUGCAACAACACCCGUGAUUUCAUGGUGCCCUCGGUAUGGGGUCAGGUUGACAAGCGGGAGGAUCCUUAUGCGCCUCAACAGCAGGGGGGCUGCUGCACCGUCAUGUAA